AAGACUGCGAGACCUGCCCCGGCUGUCCACAGCUCCAGCCAUGGGCUCCGGACGCGUGCCUGGGCUCUGCCUGCUGGUCCUGCUGGUCCACGCCCGUGCCGCCCAACACAGCAAAGCUGCGCAAGAUGUGGACGAGUGUGUGGAGGGGACCGACAACUGCCACAUCGAUGCUAUCUGUCAGAACACCCCACGGUCCUACAAGUGCAUCUGCAAGUCUGGCUACACAGGAGAUGGGAAACACUGCAAAGAUGUGGAUGAGUGUGAGCGAGAGGAUAAUGCAGGUUGUGUGCACGACUGCGUCAACAUCCCUGGCAAUUACCGAUGCACCUGCUAUGAUGGAUUCCACUUGGCACACGAUGGACACAAUUGUCUGGACGUGGACGAGUGUGCCGAGGGCAACGGCGGCUGUCAGCAGAGUUGUGUCAACAUGAUGGGCAGCUAUGAGUGCCACUGCCGGGAAGGCUUCUUUCUCAGCGACAACCAGCACACCUGCAUCCAGCGGCCAGAAGAAGGAAUGAACUGCAUGAACAAGAACCAUGGCUGUGCCCACAUUUGCCGGGAGACACCCAAGGGGGGGAUUGCUUGCGAAUGCCGCCCUGGCUUCGAGCUCACCAAGAAUCAGCGGAACUGUAAAUUGACAUGCAACUAUGGUAAUGGUGGCUGCCAGCACACAUGUGAUGACACAGAGCAGGGCCCCCGGUGUGGCUGCCAUGUCAAGUUUGUGCUUCAUACCGACGGGAAGACAUGCAUCGAGACCUGCGCUGUCAACAACGGGGGCUGCGACAGUAAGUGCCAUGAUGCGGCUACUGGUGUCCACUGCAGCUGCCCAGUGGGCUUCAUGUUGCAGCCGGACAGGAAGACCUGCAAAGACAUAGACGAGUGCCGCUUGAACAAUGGAGGCUGUGACCACAUUUGCCGCAAUACGGUGGGCAGCUUUGAAUGCAGUUGUAAGAAAGGCUACAAGCUCCUCAUCAAUGAAAGGAACUGUCAGGACAUAGAUGAGUGCUCUUUUGAUCGAACCUGUGACCAUAUAUGUGUCAACACACCAGGAAGCUUCCAGUGCCUCUGCCGUCGUGGCUACCUGCUCUAUGGUCUCACCCACUGUGGGGAUGUGGAUGAAUGCAGCAUCAACCGGGGAGGCUGCCGCUUUGGCUGCAUCAAUACACCUGGCAGCUACCAGUGUACCUGCCCCGCAGGCCAGGGCCGGCUACACUGGAACGGCAAGGAUUGCACAGAGCCCGUUAAGUGCCAGGGAAGUCCUGGGGCCUCUAAAGCCAUGCUCAGUUGCAACCGGUCUGGCAAGAAGGACACCUGUGCCCUGAGCUGCCCCUCCCGGGCCCGGUUUUUGCCAGAGUCUGAGAAUGGCUUCACUGUGAGCUGUGGCACCCCGAGCCCAAAAGCUGCUCCUGUCCGCGCCAGCCCAACUGGGAACAGUACACACGCCAACCACUGCCAUGAGGCUGCAGUGCUGUUGGUGAAACAACGGGCCUCCUUUAAGAUCAAGGAUGCCAAGUGCCGGCUGCACCUGCGAAACAAAGGCAAAAUGGAGGAGGCCAGCAGGAUGCUGGGGCCAGGUGGUGCCCCCUGCUCUGACUGCCAGGUCACCUUCAUCCACCUCAAGUGUGACUCCUCGAGGAAGGGCAAGGGCCGACGGGCCCGGACCCCUCCAGGCAAGGAGGUUACCCGGCUUACCCUAGAACUUGAGGCCGAGGUCAAAGCUGAAGAAACCACAGCUGGCUGUGGGCUGCCCUGUCUCCGACAGCGGAUGGAGCGGCGGCUGAAAGGGUCCCUCAAGAUGCUCAGAAAGUCCAUCCACCAAGACCGCUUCCUGCUGCGCUUGGCAGGCCUUGAUUACGAACUGGCCCACAAGCCGGGCCCAGGAGCUGGGGAGCGAGCAGAGGUGGUGGAAGCCUGCAGGCCCGGGCAGCACCGUACUGGGACCAAAUGUGUCAGCUGCCCGCAGGGAACGUAUUACCACGGCCAGACGGAGCAGUGUGUGCCAUGCCCAGCGGGCACCUUCCAGGAGAGAGAAGGGCAGCUCUCCUGCGACCUUUGCCCUGGGAGUGAUGCCCACGGGCCUCUUGGAGCCACCAACAUCACCACAUGUGCAGGUCAGUGCCCACCUGGACAACACUCUAUAGAUGGGUUCAAACCCUGCCAGCCAUGCCCACGUGGUACCUACCAGCCUGAAGCAGGACGGACUCUCUGCUUCCCAUGUGGUGGGGGUCUUACCACCAAGCAUGAGGGGGCCAUCUCCUUCCAGGACUGUGACACCAAAGUCCAGUGUUCUCCUGGGCACUACUACAACACGAGCAUCCACCGCUGUAUCCGCUGUGCCCUGGGCUCCUACCAACCCGACUUCCGGCAGAACUUCUGUACCCGCUGUCCAGGAAAUACAAGCACUGACUUCGAUGGUUCUACCAGUGUGGCCCAGUGCAAAAAUCGGCAAUGUGGUGGGGAGCUGGGUGAGUUCACCGGUUAUAUUGAGUCUCCCAACUAUCCGGGCAACUACCCAGCCAGCGUGGAGUGCAUCUGGAACAUCAACCCCCCACCCAAGCGCAAGAUCCUUAUCGUGGUACCCGAGAUCUUCCUGCCAUCUGAGGACGAGUGUGGGGACGUCCUCGUCAUGAGAAAGAACUCCUCCCCAUCCUCCAUUACCACCUAUGAGACAUGCCAGACCUAUGAGCGCCCCAUCGCCUUCACGGCCCGCUCCAGGAAACUCUGGAUCAACUUCAAGACAAGUGAGGCUAACAGUGCCCGGGGCUUCCAGAUCCCCUACGUUACCUAUGAUGAGGACUAUGAGCAGCUGGUAGAAGACAUAGUACGAGAUGGCCGCCUCUAUGCCUCUGAAAACCACCAGGAGAUUUUAAAGGACAAGAAGCUCAUCAAGGCUUUCUUUGAGGUGCUGGCCCACCCCCAGAAUUACUUCAAGUACACAGAGAAGCACAAAGAAAUGCUGCCAAAAUCCUUCAUCAAGCUGCUCCGCUCCAAAGUUUCCAGCUUCCUGAGGCCCUACAAAUAGUAUCCCUAGACACAGGGAUCCCGGUUUUGAAGCUCCCAGACUCCUUAGCCCUCAGAGCCGGCAACACCCACCCACAGACAAGGAACUCUCUCCUCUCUCUUAUUAGAGAGAGACAAAAAUCAGUACAGACCAGGCACUCCCUUUCUGUCUUUAGUUUCCUCUCCUCGUCUCUCUCUGUCUCUCUUUUUAUAGUUUCCCUUUUCCUACAUGCUCCCUGGAAAAGCCAUUCAAUGCUGGCUCUAUUUCCCCUGAGGGGUAACGGAAUAGUACUGUCCUCCCCAACCAAACUGCUUAUUUCACCAGCUCACAUUCUCAUCAGCUCAGAAGGGUGCUGGAGGCCCACAAAGGAAGUGGGUCUAGUGAAGAAUGGGGAGGGGGAUGAGGGGGCUUCUGUCAUUAUAGGGUUGUGCCUUGCUAAUCAGGAGCCAAAACGUCCCUUGGCUGUAUACCUCCAGGGUGACUCUAACAGCCCAGGGUCCUGCCAAAGAAGCCUUUGACUUACAGCCUUGAUGCUGGAACUUCUGGGGCACAAGGCUUGUGGCCCUGGACCACCCACACAGCCCAUCUCCUUCCUUCCCCACAUGUCUGCCUGGGGUCUACUCCAUAAGGGCUUACAGAUGGCUCACACCACUGGGCUAGUGGACACCGGCUGAAUAAGGAAGAGCAGCAGGCAUUACGUGGUGAAUAUGCCUUUAGGGCUCUCCAAGAGAAAGACUAUAUAGCUCUGCAGGACAGAAACCAGGUUUUAAAGCAUCACCAAAAAAAAAAAAAAACAAAAGGAAAGAAAAUGUAUCUAAAGACUAGACUACAGAAUGAUUAGAAGCCAGCCUCAAACACUAAUCCCUUUUCCUGUCUUCCCUGGCCCAGCCAUUCCCUCAUCCCCACUAAAGUGCUCCCUGGGGGAGCCCUACUACUCUUGCUAAGUGCUGUCCUUGAAGAAACAUGGCUGCUGACCAGAAGCCAGCUUGAGCCUCAUCCCAUAGUUGUCUAUCCCUUGUAACUCCAGGUGGCUUGUUGGCUCCACCAAAGAGGACCCUGCUCUGCGGUCAGCCUAGAGCCACCUACCUCUGGCCCCAGGCCAUGGGCAGCAAGAGGAAUGUGUGUGCACUUGGCGAGCCUUCUGCCCACCUUGUCCACAUCUAAUAAGUGCAAUCAUUUAGAGUCUUUCUAUGUUGUCUAGAUGGAGGGUAUUUUGUUUUCUGGGUUUUUGUUUUGUUUUGUUUUUUCUCUAUUAGAACCCUAUUUAUAGCUACCCAAGAGAGGAGAAUGUGUGUUUGGAGUGGAAGAAAAAAACGUUUUGAAUCUCAUGAACCUUGAGUCCCGAAGCAUCUAAUCUGUCUUACUUUCCACCAAUGGCUACUCAGACUUUAGGGCCCUCAGCUGGGGUAAACCAAGACAAUAGCUCAGAAGCACAUGAUGUGUAGGACAGGAAUUCUGGGGACUUGAUGGAGCAGGUGGGAGAGACACUUGUGUUUGCUAAACCAAUCCUGCCAACCCUAUGCCUCACCAUGGACUCAUCAUGGACCUCGUGACUGUGGCAGCCAAUGGAACUGGUCAGUAAUUCUCUACCCCAAGAGAGAAAACCUCUGUCUUUUUUCUUAUUCAUCUUCUUUUUCCUAAUGUGCACAUCUCCAGUCUACAAUGGAAGAGGAUCAGGAGAAAGCCACCUAGAGAUGGGUGUCUUAGGGUCCUGAGGCCAGAGACAAGACUUUGGGAGCCAAGAGCAGAACAGUUACCCAGGUAUGAAGUUGAAGGCACUAGAUGUUUGCCUGACUUUGUUCAUUCUUCCUACACCUACCUGUUUGCCAUUCCCUCUCAGAAUUAACUUCAAACCUAACUUCCUCAACUACUGUUUUUCAAAAUGAAUAGCCAACAAGUUCAUGCCCAAUUCCAAAUGCUACACAUACUCCAUCCUCAAUCCAACUGCCUAUAAAAUCACUUUCCAUCUUCUUCCUCCAGUUCCCUCAAAGCUGUAAACUAGCUGAUCAAAGGCAAAGGCAACCACUGAUUUUCUGUCCCCAGCU